AUGUCCGUCGCAACAUCGAUUCCCGAUACCUCCCUUGGUCUCACCUCGUCCGAAAUCCAGAUUCUUCGCCAGCAGCAGCAAAUCGCGCUUCAGGGGGGAGGCCAUGCCGGCAGCGUCUCUAGAGGCCGCGGUUCGGGGCGCAAUAGUAGCUCCAGCUCCCGCGCUACAAGUGCUGCCAGCAGCCAGGGUCGCCUCAUACUAGAUCCGAUGAGCCUGAGGGCUCUGUCACACCAGCUGGAAUACCUGCAAGACCAGAUCCGUCAUCGUAUUGACCAUCUGGAAGAUCAAAUGCAAAUUUCGAUACAAAACACCUAUGACCGAGCUGGCAAUGUCAUUCGCAACGCCGAUGCCGAAAUCGCACGCACCCGUUCUAUUUUGGCCUCGAUAGACGAAUUGGACAAUGAACUAGCCAAGAUUGGCCAUAUCAGAGAUAUUGUCAAGUCUUUUCGUGCUCGGAUUGAAAGCCUCGACCAUCGCCUUGAUCAUUCUUCUCGUCGGCGAUGA